AUGGGUGGCGGCGACGAAAUCAAUUCUUCAACUCAAGAACAGGCUGAACUCGAAAACAAAGAAAAAAUUAUCCCAGAUCCCAGUUCAGAAACAGUAGAAACCGCCAAUGAUAAUAAUGUAGUAACUGAUCCAAUUGAGAAGGAAGACAAUACGGGUGAACCGCAUGCUAGUACACAGACAACAACAGAAAAUAUUGGAAAUAAUCAAGAGCAAGAGCAAUCGCUAAAUGUAAAAAAUGAAGAAAAUAUUGGAAAUAAUCAAGAGCAAGAGCAAUCGCUAAAUGUAAAAAACGAAGAAACUGGUGGAGAUAAUCAAGAGCAAGAGCAAUCGCUAAAUGUAAAAAACGAAGAAACAGGUGAGAAUAAAGAGUCUACUGCAAAUCAAGCCGUUGUUCCUGAUAACGCUCCACAACACCAUGACCAACAGCCACGCCCUGACCAACAAAUACUUCCCGACCAACAAACACUCCCUGACCAACAAACACUCCCUGACCAACAACCGCCGCAGACACAACAACCACAACACGAUACUGAUGCAACGACCGGCGAACAAACAACUUCACAAGAACAACAGCAACAGCAGCAAAACUCUGUCUCGACCGCCACUCAGACGAGUGAGAAUAUUUCCCAAUCAGAUCAAGAGCGAACAAUGUUUGAGCAGAAUUUCGCAUAUGAACAAUCGAUUAAAGAAGAAGAAGCUAAACGGAUGCCAUUGGUAUGUCUCGAAGAACCUAUUGGAAAGCUGUUUGAUGAGUAUCAACAUGGAAGUGAAGUGUAUAAACAUAAGAUUAAGAAAUUAGCUGCUCGACAUGGAAAAAUAAGGCGAUGUCGAGGGGAUGGCAACUGUUUUUAUCGAGCUUUUUCUUUUGCUUGGUUCGAAAGACUUUUGGUAUCCAAGCAACCAACCUUACGGCAGAACGCGCUUAAAUCACUCAACGACACUUUACCAAUUCUUGAACAAGCAGGUUACCAAAAAUAUGUAUAUGAGGAUUUUCAUCAUGAAGUCGAAACAGAGCUGCAAAAAAUCGUGGAAGAUACGCACGAUCUCGAUACUUUGCUAUCGGUCUUUCAAACUGACCGCAUAUCCAAUUCCAUCGUCUACUAUCUUCGGCUUGUGACCGCAGCAUAUUUAAAGCUACACAAGGAUGAAUUCGAACCAUUCCUUGAAAUGGAUAUUGGCAUGGAGAGAUACUGUAACCAACAUGUCGAAGUAAUGGACCAAGAAGCUGAUCAUAUACACGUGAUCGUGUUAACCCGUGCCCUCAAAGUUCCAGUAGAGAUUGCGUACAUGAGUGGUUCUAAUGCGUUGGAAGAGGUCAAUUUCCAUGAGUUUUAUCCAGAGACAAUGGAUCAACAGCACGACACUGUCCCGUCCAAACCAUUGGUGUUGUUGUAUAGACCUGGUCAUUACGAUAUUCUAUAUAGGAAUUAUGGACAGUAA